CCCCCCCCCCCAAUUGGUGUCGCCAGAGGCCAGCAUUUUUCAUUUUUGUCCAAGGAAGCCUCGACUCCGGCGCAGACCUUCCUUUGUCUCUUUGUUUUCAUGCAUGCGGGGAACGGCAGGAGGUUUUUCUGGUGAUUAAGUAGCAAAACGAGAUGGGGGAGAAGUUGGGAGCUAUGGUGGUGGUGGUGGCGGUGGCGGUGCUUGUGGCCGCGGCGGCCGCGGCGGAGGGAGGGCCGCGGCACAGGAACGCGUACGCGACGAUGAUAUACAUGGGGACGCCAAGGGACUACGAGUUCUAUGUGGCGACCCGCGUCAUGCUCAGAUCACUCGCCAGGCUGGCCGCCGACGCCGAUCUCGUCGUCAUUGCCUCCGUCGACGUCCCUCGCCGGUGGCUCCACGCUCUGGAACAGGAAGAUGGGGCCAGGGUUGUGAGAGUGGAGAAUCUGAAUAAUCCAUACAAGAAGCAAGCUAAUUUUGACAAGAGAUUCGAGUUAACCAUGAACAAACUCUACGUUUGGAGCUUGGUGGACUAUGACAGGGUGGUAAUGCUUGAUUCCGAUAACCUCUUCCUCCAAAACACAGAUGAGCUGUUCCAAUGUGGCCAAUUUUGUGCUGUCUUCAUCAACCCCUGCAUCUUCCAUACUGGCCUCUUUGUAUUGCAGCCAUCAAUGGAGGUGUUCAAAGGCAUGCUUCGUGACUUGGAGAUUGGGAGAGAGAACCCUGAUGGUGCAGACCAGGGUUUCAUUGGAAGCUACUUCCCACUCUUGCUUGAUCAGCCAAUGUUCCAUCCACCCGCUAAUGGCUCCAGGUUUCAAGGAACAUAUAGACUUCCUCUGGGAUACCAAAUGGAUGCCUCGUACUAUUAUCUGAAACUCCGGUGGAGCAUACCUUGCGGGCCUAACAGCGUGAUUACCUACCCCGGCGCGCCAUGGAUGAAACCAUGGUACUGGUGGUCAUGGCCUGCCCUACCGCUAGGCCUCCAGUGGCACGAACAACGCCGCCAAACUCUUGGGUACAGUGCAGAGAUGCCAAUUGUGUUGAUCCAGUCCGUAUUUUACCUAGGAAUAAUGGCGAUGGCAGGCCUAGCACGCCCAGGCCUAUUUAAACUGUGCUACCGGCGAGCAGACAAAAGUAUGUCCUUAAUACAAGCUGCGGCCCUUAAGUUGGUAGCAAUGUGGUCCAUUCUUGCUGCCUACACCAUCCCUGCCUUCCUCAUUCCUCACACCAUCCAUCCUCUGCUCGGGUGGAGCCUAUACAUGCUAGGGGCUUUGGCACUUGCUUCCGUUGCAGUGAACGCCUUUUUUCUCCCUUUUCUGCCAGUUUUAGUACCAUGGCUCGGGAUCCUUGGCGCGCUUCUGGUCAUGGCGAAUCCUUGGUACCAAGAUGGCGUGGUGAGAGCUCUGGCUGUGUUUGGCUAUGCCUUUUGUUGUGCACCGCUGGUGUGGGCUUCCUUGGUUAAGGUUAUAGCAUGCCUUCAAGUUUCAACUGAGAAGGGAAGCCUUCUUGGUAAGGUUGGAUGAAUGUAGGGGAAAGUGUUUUUGGCUUAAGGAUCCUUAGAAGAAGGGUACAAGCAUCUACAAACAUUCUUAAUUAGAAGGAUCCUUAGAAGAAGGGUACAAGCAUCUACAAGCAUUCUUAAUUAGAAGGAUCCUUAGAAGAAGGGUGGAAUCUACAGAUCAAUAUAUGUUGAUUCUUUGAUUAUAUAAACAGAGUUUUAGAAUUUUCUUUUUUCUAUUUAUUUUGAUUGUAUUCUAUUUAUAGUUGACCCUUGGGAUUAAAGCUUGAUGACUUGAUAAUAUAUUAUUGUUGUUGUUA